CAGUCGGGGCUCUGCAUCACUUGGCUGGAAGCAGUGGACUGUGGGAGUCCCAUAAAUACAGCUCCCUGCUCCAUCAUCACCCACUCAGCUGGCUGCAGCCGUGGUCGUGUCGGUGAUAAACCCAGGUGAAGGCUGCUUUUGGUGCUACAGUCUCCCUCCCCCCCGACCCCGGAUCUGCAAACAGGACUGCCAGCUGCUAGCCCGCGUUAGCUUAAACAAGAUGAACGGCCAUCUGAACGGUUUUUACAGCGACUCCCUUCAUGAUGAAGACUGCUUCCUCUUCACCUCCGAGUCAGUCGGAGAAGGUCACCCUGAUAAGAUUUGUGACCAGAUUAGUGAUGCGGUGUUGGACGCUCAUCUGAUACAAGACCCUGACGCCAAAGUAGCAUGUGAGACUGUAGCUAAGACGGGGAUGAUCCUGCUUGCGGGGGAGAUCACCUCCAGAGCCACUGUUGACUAUCAGAAGGUCGUCAGAGAGACGAUCAAGGACAUCGGCUAUGACGAUUCCUCCAAAGGUUUUGACCAUAAGACCUGCAAUGUGCUGGUGGCUUUGGAGCAGCAGUCUCCAGACAUUGCUCAGGGCGUUCAUCUCGACCGUAAAGAAGAGGACGUUGGAGCCGGCGAUCAGGGUCUCAUGUUUGGUUAUGCCACGGAUGAGACGGAGGAGUGCAUGCCGCUCACCAUCGUUUUGGCUCACAAGCUCAACGCCAAGAUGGCCGAGUUGCGUCGGGAUGGAACGCUGCCGUGGGUCCGACCCGACUCUAAAACUCAGGUGACCGUUCAGUACCGGCAGGACCGAGGAGCCGUGGUGCCGCUGCGUGUCCACACCAUCGUGAUCUCUGUGCAGCACGACGAGUGCGUGAGCUUGGAGGAGAUGCGUCACAGCCUGAAGGAACAGGUGGUGAAAGCCGUGGUCCCGUCUGGUUACCUCGACGGCGACACCAUCUACCACCUGCAGCCCAGCGGCCGUUUUGUCAUAGGUGGUCCACAGAGUGAUGCUGGUUUGACUGGACGUAAGAUCAUAGUGGACACCUAUGGUGGGUGGGGAGCCCAUGGAGGUGGAGCGUUUUCUGGAAAGGACUACACAAAGGUCGACCGCUCUGCGGCGUACGCCGCUCGCUGGGUGGCCAAAUCUCUGGUAAAAGCUGGACUCUGCAGACGCGUCUUGGUCCAGGUUUCCUAUGCUAUUGGAGUUUCCCAUCCUCUGUCUGUCUCCAUCUUCCAUUAUGGGACCUCUCAGAAGAGUGAGAGAGAGCUGCUGGACAUCGUGACAAAGAACUUUGACCUCCGCCCAGGGGUCAUUGUGAGGGACCUCGAUCUGAAGAAGCCCAUCUACCAGCGCACGGCUUCCUACGGUCACUUUGGUCGCGAUUUGUUCUCCUGGGAGAUUCCCAAGAAGCUGAAAUACUGAGGCACUCUGAUCCCCGUCACACACACACACACACACACACCAUCCUGCAGAUAAACCUCUUACCGUCCUCUUCUCCUCUUCUUUGCUUUACUUUGCUUGUACAUCAGAACACCAUCUAAUUAGUUUUUGUCCAACUGUUGGCAAUGUUACCAUUAUUUUGCCUGCUGCACUAUAAUUUUUACUUAUUUAGUAUUUAAAAUUAAGAGUUUUAUAAAGACAGGUUUCGAAGGAACAUUUAACCUACAUCUUGUUGCAGUACAGAUGAAGAGAUGAGCCAGUUCGUGCUCUUUGGUGUGCAAAAGGUUAUGUUACAACUUUGUUACAAAUGAAAGUCAGACCACUUUAUUUAUGUAGUUGUGUGCAGCCUCUUCAUGCCAUUGUUUUUUCUGACGUUUUACAGAGAAGUCAGAAGCUGCUAAUGGUUUUGUGGUUAUGUUGGGCUGCACAGUGGUUUCUGUAUUAUGUAGAUAUUUUCUAUCCUUAAAUCUCGCUAGGAUUUUUCAAACUUUGUUCAAAAAUGUUGACUAAGAUAAAGGCACAAAGAUCACCUUAUUCCUGAAUCAAACACUCCAUCGUUGCAUCGGCUCAAUGCUCAGAUUAUUUUUUGUGACGUUUGUUGCAGUGUGAGACCCAGUUGGUGUACUGAAUGUAUUCCUCUUCCUUUUCGACAGUCGGUUUUUGGGCGCUUUGAAUGUUUGAACUUCCAGUUUCAAAUUAUAUUUAAAUAAAAUCUAAUCUCCUCUGCUAGAUUUUUCCAGAUGGCCCCUCUCGUCCACUUACUUCACCCAGAUAUCAGCUGAAUACCUGGCUUUCAUCUAGGUGGCGCUGUUUCUCUAAAAACUACCAGAGCUAAGAUUCGCCUUUGGCGUCUUCAGCUCAGUAUUGUGGUUGUUUAGUGUUUUUAAACAGGAAACCCUGAUUACAACUGCUGCCAAAAUAAUAAAACACUAAAAUAUAACUUAAA